AUAUCUUCAAUUCUCUUUUAGAACUUCAUUGCUUCAUUUCUUUUUAAUUAAUCAUGGCGGAGGAAAGCAAUUCAAGUGCAUUUUCAAUGGGAAAGAGUGCCCAAGAGAAGGGUUUGCCAUAUGUUCCUGAAUGUUAUAAGAUUCCGGCUUCGCAGCGUCCAAGUUUAUCUCCAAUGACCGCCGAAGAUAUUCCGGUUGUCGAUUUGGCUGGUCUCAAACAAGGACCUAUAGAGCGAGCAACCGUCAUUGAAAGGAUGGGAAAUGCUUGUCGCCUUCUCGGAUUCUUUCAAAUUGUGAACCAUGGAAUAUGCCAGUCGGUGCUAGAUGAUGCACUUUCUAUGGCAUUUGAAUUUUUCAAAUUGCCGGAGUCGGAGAAGAUGAAGUACAUGUCUAAUGAUGUUCACAAGCCGGUACGAUACUGUUCAAGCUUAAAGGAUGGAGUUGAUAAGAUUCAAUAUUGGAGGGUUUUCCUUAAACAUUAUUCUCAUCCAUUGAGACAUUGGAUUGAUGCUUGGCCUGAUAACCCUUCUGAUUAUAGGGAGAAGAUGGGAAGGUAUAGUACUGAAGUGAGGAAACUAGGGUUGGAAUUAUUUGAAGCCAUCACCGAGAGCCUGGGGCUUGGUCCAACCUACCUGAGCAAAAAAAUGGAAGUUGGAAUGCAAGUCAUGGCGGUGAAUUGCUAUCCCCCAUGUCCGAGCCCGGACAUGGCUCUUGGGUUGCCUCCACAUUCGGACUACAGCUGCUUCACCAUUCUUCUUCAGAGCUCGCAUGGACUCCAAAUCGUGGACGCACAAGAUGGACGAUGGAGAUCGGUUCCUGUUCUUCAUGGUGCACUGCAAGUCCAUGUGGGUGAUCAUAUUGAAGUGCUGAGCAACGGGUUGUACAAGAGUGUUGUGCACCGGGCAGUGUUGAGUGGUGAAAGGACGAGAAUAUCCAUAGCUAGUCUUCAUAGUUUGGGAUUGGAUGAGAAAAUGGAGACCGCUAAACAACUUGUGGAUGAAGAAAAUCCUAAAAGGUACAAAGAGAGCAGCUUCAAAGAUUUUCUGAAUUUUCUCUCGGCAAAUGAUGUGUCAGAAGGAAAGAACUUCAUCGACACUCUCAAGAUUGGAAACUAAUGUUUCAGGGUCUUUUUUUUAUUUUUAUUUUUAUUUUUGAGAGUGUUUUGUUAGAUGCAUUCUUAUGGAUAGUAAUACUCCCUUGUUGCUUGUUCU